AUGGUUGAUGCAGCUCUAAUUAGUGGUUUGCUUUCAAAUUUGGCACCUCUUAAGGAUGAAUUCUCAUUGUUUUUGAGUUUUAAGAAGGAGGUUCAAAAGUUAUCGAGCACACUAUCUGCAAUUAAUGCCUUACUUGAGGAUGCAGAGAGAAAGAACAUGCGGGAGAAGGACAAACAAACGGAAGAUUGGUUGCGGAAACUCAAAGAUGUAGCCUAUGAGGUUCGAGACAUCAUGGAUGAAUGCAGCUUUGAAGAUCUUCGUCUUCAAGUCAAAAGGCUUAAUGCCUCCUCUUCAACCAGGAGCCAGGUAACCAACUCAAUAACCAAUCCUUUUAGCAAUACUUGGAUGCGUCUCAAAAUUGGUCACAAAAUUAAGGAUGUUCAAGACAAACUAGACCAAAUUUCUUCAGAGCGCCAAAAGUUACAAUUAAAUGUCUCUAUUCCUGACUCAAAUAUGGACAAGUUUACUAAUAGUUGGCGUGAAACCAUGUCUCUUUCUAGUUCUAGGAAAGUAUAUGGGAGAGAUGAGGAGAAGAAACAGAUUAUUGAUAUUCUACUCAAUAAUAGUACAUCUAGUACUGUUAGUGUUCUGCCCAUUGUUGGGAUUGGGGGUCUUGGUAAAACAACAUUUGUCCAAAUGGUCUUCAACGACGAGGAGGUUUCUAAGCAUUUCGAUACCAAAAUAUGGGUUUGUGUUUCUGAUGAAUUUGAUAUUAAGUUGGUCAUCAAAGCCAUCAUAACAGAAAAGGAAGAAGAUCGCUUAGAAGAAUUGCAGAAAAAAAAUUGUGGAUCAAAUGGUUCCUUCGUCCUUACCACGACACGUAAAAGAAAUGUGGCGGAAAUAAUGGAAACGAUUCAACAUUUUGAGUUAUCAUCGCUCUCUGAGAAUGAUUGUUGGCUAUUAUUCGAAGAACGUGCAUUUAUGUAUAAAAUACCUAAAGCACCAAACUUUAUUGAUAUUGGAAGAGAAAUUGCUAGAAGAUGUAAGGGUGUUCCUUUAGUUGCUAAGAUAUUGGGAAGUCAAUUGGGGUUUAGUGGUGACGAAGAAGAAUGGUGUAGAAUAAGAGAUAGAAAUAUAUGGAGAUAUCUCUAA